AUGACCCCUUUUCGGAUUCUUUACAGGCGGGAUCCUCUACCCCUCAUUCGCUAUACCACGGGGUCUACAACCAAUUACAUGGUGGAGCAGCAACUUAAAACUCGUAAUGAGGUGGUGGAUCAACUCAAAAUGCAUCUGUUCGAAGCUCAACAAGCUAUGAAAUUGUCAGCUAAUGGAAAAAGAAGGGAUGUGAAUUUUCAAGUGGGUGAUUUGGUAUACUUAAAACUUCGGUCCUAUCGCAAUAAGUCUCUUGCUAAGUUUGUGAAUGAGAAACUCUCUCCUCGAUAUUUUGUCCCCUUCGAAGUGCUGCAGCGGGUGGACACAGUGGCGUAUCGCCUGAACUUAGCACCUUCGGCUACAAUUCAUCUCAUUUUCCACGUAUCACAACUUCGUCGUGCAAUUGGAGCAUCAUUAGUUUGUCAGCAACUUCCUCCUCAAUUAGGCCCUGAUUUACAAUGGCAGGUGGAGCCAGAAUGUGUCUUGGACAUGCGUCCUUCGGUGCAUGGUGAUCCACAACGACCUGAGGAUUUGAUCAUACGGAAGAAUCUGCCGGACUUUGAAGCGAUGUGGGCAUCGUUUGAUGGAAUCCUCACCCAUUUCACCUUGAGGACAAGGUGA